AUGAAGUUCGGCGUGGGCGAGCGGUCAGACGAUGGGGACGAAGUAAUUGCCACGUACAACGUGUACGCGUCGCCUUCACUGCAGCACCAGCUCCACAUCUUUCAGUUCCCGCUGCGGCGCAAGAUGCGGCCGUACGAGGCCAAUGACGUGCGGCUCUUCACGACGGAUGGUCUUGAACGCGCGCAAGACGACACAAUACAGUCAUCGAAACCAGCAACACCAGGCCAAGGCGACGCCACACCAGCUCCAAUUCUGCGCCCGUCGUCGCGGCUGACAAUGCACUGCCGCAUCGACACGUUUGGAUCGAGCUCUUUCGUGGAGCCGCAACAGCAGCAGCAGCAGCAGGCGGACGAUGCGCUGGGGAAAGGUGGCCAGCAGCGCCGACAUUCGUAUGAGUAUGCGUUGCAGUCGCACCCGUUUCAGCCACGCUGCGACUACGUUGUUGGCUUCAUAGUUGAUGGGGCCAUUCACAUCACUCCUGUUGCAACCAUCCAGCAGUUCACGCCUAUUGUGAAGCCUGCCACGUCUGACACGAUGCACCGCGUGGGUGACGCCUUUGUGAGCGCGCCGUCCAUGCCAAUUCUCCCCGGCCUCGCCAUCUCCGACCGCAUCAACCGCGAGAUGCUGCGUCAGCGGAGCGUCAUGCUGAACACCGACGCGGCGACGGCUAAGGAGCUGCAGUACUUCCCGAUUGACUCCGUAGAGAGUAUGGCGAUGCGGCGCCGGCUCUGGUCGCCCACGUACGAGGCGGCGGCGACACUCGCACAUGCGGUCAGUGGACCGCGGCGCAACGCGCGCACGGAGGACAGUCUGUUCCCGCCCGAAUUGCUCAUCUCCGGCGGCAUCUCUGGCGGCGAAGAUGCGGCUACAGCUGGAAGUCUGCUACGCCGGUACGCCGACCGCCAUAGCGUGAUGAACCAGGUGGUUGUGCUGCUGCAGCGCUGCCAGGUCCUCAGCUUUGUGGAGAUGCGGAAACUGGUGGUUCCACCAGACCAGACACUCGCCCUGUCGUCACCAACGUCACGGCAACAGCAACAUCAGGAGCGUCUGAUGGAUGAGCAACUACUGGAGGCGCUGCGUGACACAGCAGUGUGGAUACAUGGAGUGUGGGUGUCCAAGAGGUCGGCCUGCUUCAAGGGCACAAUUGCUGCCCUGCGUGAGGUGAUUCUUCUUCAUUUCUACGAAAGCCCAGAUGGCGCCAUCUCACGCGCACAGCUGAAUAAGCUUUUCAACAGUACUGCCCAUCGUCGCACCGUAAAGGAGGUUCUGAUGAGCAUGGCAACACUCAACAGCAGCGAGCUUGAACCUGGGAAGCGUGUGUGGCGCCUAUGGCAAGUGCCUGCGGAGGCGGCCCUGCGUGAGGCGAUGGUACAUGCCUCCCAGAAUGCAUACCCACAGGAACUUGAAUUCCAACGUAUGCAGUGGGGCAAGCUGAAGCCAUACAUUAUGGCACACCUAAAGGCCAUCAAUGCUGGUCAGUCGGUGGUGCGUCUGCACUUGGCGGCACGGCGGCACGAAGUCGGCAGUGAUGUUGCAAACAUUACAGGUGCCACCGCCGCCGCAGCAGCAGCAGCAACAGUGGCGCCGGCUUCCUUCAAGGAUGAAGAAAUCGCGCCCAUUGUGGCGUAUAUCCGUCGGCUAUUCCUGGAGCAUGGUGUGGUGAACAAGCAACGCGCGAAGGAGCUGGUGAUGAAAGCAAAGCAGCAGCACUACCCGGAGGCUACGAAUCCGAUGCUGAGUGUUGCCCUGCAGCGAUGCGUGCAGCCGUUCACGAACGCCACGUGGGUCCUCAAGACACUUGGCGAACCGGACGUCGAUCGCCAUCGACCGAUGAUACUGGAGGCGGCGCUGGAGCUUGUAAAUUUUGAGAACCGCGCUUUCAACGCGCUGCUGGAGGAGAAAUUGAGGCGUCGCCCCACCAGUGAGAGCGGGGAGGGUCUGAGCUCUGAGGAUCUGCAGAAGGUCGUCCCGCGUGUGUUGGCGGAGGUGGCGGUGUACAAGCAGCACGAGAGACUGUGGCACCUCAAGAGCGGAAAUGUGGUGGCUGAGUGA